CACACAAUAUUUUAACUACUGUUUGAUUUCAGUUUAAUUGAUACAGAGCUAAAUAAUUAACAAUUAUUAAGCAGCGCUAAAUAUAAUUUUCUCAAUUAUUAUUCAACGAUAAAUAUCAAGAUAUAAAUAUUGUAAUAUUAAAAGCUUUGUGCAAGUGUCUUCUCUUUUCCAUUAGCGAAGAGAACUUUAUCAAUUUCCGAUCGAAUUUAUUACUUAAUUCGAAAUACCACAACAUAAGUAAUCGCAAGUCGUAUUUCUGUGUUACAUAAUUAACGAUUCGCAAUUUCUUUACAAUAAUGAAUAAUGCAUCCAUCAUCCAAUAACACGUGAUAGAAUUAAAGAUCAAAUAAAUCAAAUAAAAUAUUAGACACUUUAUCACAAUCGCAUUGUUCUGUGUUUUUAUAUUUAAACCGCCACGCUCGUUCAAAUCUGUUGCCUCGCGCGCGUCUACGCAUGCAACAUCAGUCACGUGUUUACUGUCAGUCCGCUUCGUCGAUCUGCGUCGAGUGUCACGCGCGCGCUCCCGCUGUGGCAAUGCCUCAAGAGUCCAAAUGCGAGAAGUUCUUUCUCUACAACACACUGUCGAUUCUGCUGAAAGCCGUGGAGAAGCAGCGAACCACGGUGGACCUGCGGAACGAGGCGUCGAUCUUCGGCAUCGUCGAUCAUGCUGACGCGCACAUGAACGUCGUGAUGCGGGAUUGCGUGUUCACGGAUCCGCGUGGCGACUCCUUCAGGUAUGACAUGUUCUUCGUGCAGGCGAGGAACAUCCGCUGCGUUCACAUCCCACCGAACAUACGGAUUAUACCGGCUAUCAAGGAACAGUUAAAGCAAUUAAAGGGUCCUGCGACGGAAUCGAGGGUCACGACAAGCAACUUUAGGUCAAAACGCACUCAACAAAGACAUCGGGAAGACCUUGCAGCUGCAGAAGAAAUUUUAGAAAGUAGGAGGAACGCAGAAACGCAGAACAGUCAAAACAAAUGAGACUUAAUUUUUAAAUCAUCGUAUGUCGUAUAGAUAGUUUAAGUAAUAUUACGUUCAACACAUUUGCUUACAUGUUAUCCGAUCUGAUCUGAUGUGUCUAAAAAAAACUCUAUUUUUAUGAAAUAUAUUUUAAACUCAUUCAUAUUCCACUCUUGCGGCAGAGAGUUUCGAAUUUAUACAAUAUUGCCUAUGAUUUGCAUAGAUGUUUUUACAAUGCGCACAAGAAUACCGCGAGAGAGAGAUAUAUAUCGUAGAAAAAUACUCAACAGCAUUCUACUUCUAUCAAGAGGGAUCGGGCAAGAAAAUACUCGUUGCGUAUUCAAGUAAACGAGCAAUACUUAGGCAUUGUGAAUUGUUACACAACUUGAUAACAGACGUCCGCUCACUGUUCGACGCAUAAUACAAGAGGAACGUUAUAAGAUAAUACUUCAACAAAGAUAAGAUAAUAAAUCCGGUAUAACACAAG